AUGGCCAUGGGAUUAGGAGCUGGAAUGGUCACUGCACCUGGUCUCGUGGUUGCACCCGCUAUUUCAGCAGCCGGGUUUACUACAGAGAGUGUCUCUGCGGGAUCACUUGCUGCUGGUAUCCAGAGCGUAAAUGAGGACGUCGCACUACCGCCAUUCAUGGUUUUGUACGGGGGACUGGGAUUGGGGUCGGUCUUGGUUCCAUAUUUCCCCAGUGGAAACAUGAUGCUUGAUAAGUGUCUGUGA